ACCCGAGCACCCCGGCCAUGAUGAUCAGCUCUGCUGCCCCCGAGGCCGCCACCCGCUUGCUUCAGUUCGUCAAUGCCUCCCCGACACCCCUCCACGCAGUCACCACCGCCGCCAUUCGCCUCGAGAAGGCUGGCUUUCGCAAGCUCAGAGAAAAGGACGACUGGGAGCAAGAUCUGAAGGGCGGUGGCAAGUUCUAUGUGACCCGCAACCAGAGCUGCAUCCUUGCCUUCACUGUCCCUCAGAAGUGGAAGCCUGGUGGAGGCGUCUCCAUAGUUGCCACACAUAUUGACAGCCCCAACUUGAGGGUUCGCCCAGUCUCCAAGAAGGCCAAGGUUGGAUACCUGCAAGUCGGCGUGGAGACCUACGGCGGCGGUCUCUGGCAUACCUGGUUCGAUCGUGACCUCUCCUUGGCAGGGAGGAUCAUUCUCAAGGACGAGAACGGCGGCUUCACGUCCAAGCUUAUCAAGAUCGACCGUCCCCUACUGCGGGUCCCUUCGCUGGCCAUUCACCUGGAGAGGGGCGCUGGAGACAGCUUCAAGUUCAACCAAGAGACGGAGAUGCUGCCCAUACUCGGCAUGGCAGAAGAACAGCUUAAUGCAGCCGCACAGAAAGCCUCCGCGGCUGAGGUGAAGGCGACAGGUGUUCAGGAGCAGCACCACACUGCUCUCUUGGAGGUCCUUUCGCAGGAGCUUUCCGUUGUGCUCGAAGACAUUCACGACUUCGAGCUUCACUUGUACGACACCCAACCGUCCCAAUUCGGCGGUAUCAAAAAUGAGUUCAUCUUCUCUCCACGGAUGGACAACCAAUUUUCUUCCUUCUGCGCGCUCGACGCUCUCGCCGCCUUCUCCGCCUCACCAGCCUACGCCUCCUACGCCUCCUCAGCGACCAACAACGUCAACGCCAUCGCACUCUUCAACCACGAAGAGGUCGGCUCCGUCUCCACCACCGGCGCGGAGUCUUCGCUGCUCCCCUCGCUGCUCUCCCGACUCUCGCCCACGCCGUCCGCGCUCGCGCAGACGAUUGCGCGGAGCUUCUUGGUCAGCUCGGACAUGACGCACGCAGUGCACCCGAACUACCUGAGCAAGCACGAGGAGAACCACGCGCCGCGCAUUAACGGCGGCGUCGUGAUCAAGACGAACGCGAAGCAGCGGUACGCGAGCGACGCCGUCGGGCGGUUCCUGCUCAAGAAGCUCGUCGAGAGGCGCGGCGGGAAGGUACAGGAGUACGAGGUCCGCAACGACAUGGCGUGCGGAUCCACUGUCGGCCCCAGCCUGUCGAAGAUGGGCGUCCGGACGAUCGACAUCGGCUGUCCGAUGCUGUCCAUGCACUCCAUCCGUGAGACUGCGGGCACGCACGACGUGCAGAGCAUGAUUGACUUGUUCACGUCUUUCUUUGAGGGUUUCGCGGAGCUCGAUGCUGAGCUCGUAGUGGAUUAAAUCAUGGAGUGUACAAGCUAAGAUACAUCUGGCACCGGACAAUCCAAGCAAAGAAUACAUGCAGCAGUCGGACGUCGUCUACACACAU